AUGGGCCAGUCUUACUCCAUGAGCGCCCUCGCGGCAGGUCCAAAUGCGAUAGAGACGACUGAGCUGGCAGACUUGACCUUUGAGAAGUCGCUAGGCGGUGCUCGCUUCCUCCGAACACACAGAGCCAGGCAUCAGCAGGGGCUCGUCGUUGUCAAAGUGUGCGCGAAGACCGGUCCUAAUGUCUCCUUCAAGCAAUACGCCAAACUUCUCAAGGCGGAGCGAUCAAGGCUGAGGGACGUUCCGAAUGUCCUGCCUUACCAGCGGAUCCGGGAGACGCCAACGCUCGGGAUACUGGUCCGACAAUUCAUCCACAGCUCGCUUUACGACCGGGUCAGCAUAAGACCCUUUCUGGAGAUCAUCGAGAAGAAGUGGCUUGCCUUCCAGCUGCUAUGUGCGGUGAGAGACUGCCACGCUCGCGGCGUCUUCCACGGAGACAUCAAGUCGGAGAAUGUGCUCGUCACGUCUUGGGGAUGGGUGUAUCUCACGGACUUCGCCUCAGCCUUCAAACCUGUCUAUCUUCCCGAGGACAAUCCAGCAGACUUCUCCUUCUAUUACGACACUUCCGCCAGACGGACAUGCUACCUCGCACCAGAACGAUUUCUUGCUGCUGGUGAGAAGCCAUUAGAUGAGAACGACGUCCAGUGGAACAUGGACAUCUUCAGCUUAGGCUGCGUCAUCGCGGAGCUCUUCACAGAGACAUCAACCUUCACUCUCAGCCAGCUGUUCAAAUACAGGAAAGGCGAGUACGACCCUACAGUGCAACUGCUGGGCAAGGUCGAAAGCGAGCACGUCAGAGGACUUAUCAGCAGCAUGAUCCGGUUGGACCCGCAGGAGAGAUGGCAUGCUCAGGACUACUUAGACGAGUACAAGGGCAAAGCCUUUCCGCUGUACUUCUACCAGCAUCUGCAUACGCUCAUGCAGGAGGUCACCGAUCCAGGGCCUGGCUACAAGCCAGUAAUGACUGAUGGUACGAACAACGGCGUAUCAGACGACCGGAUCGACAGGAUCUACUCCGAUUUCGACAUGCUUUCAAUCUCACUAGGCUACGAGGCCGUGCAGCCUUCAAGAUCUCCUCAUUUGCCAGGCACAGGACAAGGACUGUUCCCACUGCAGAUAGACCUGCCGAACGAUCGUCAUACAGCUACCACGGGCCUUGUCCACAACAUCGACAACGGAACGUUCAUCCUGCUAAAUGUCGUCACUGCUUCUUUGCGAAGCACAGCGCGAGCAUCAUCAAAGGUUCGAGGAUGCGAAUUACUGCUCGCCUUUGCCGAAAGGUUGCCGGAUGAAGCAAAGCUCGACCGCAUCUUACCAUAUGUAAUGCCGCUACUAGAUGACCAAAACGAGAUGGUAUUGGUUGCUGCGCUCAGAACCAUGACACAACUCCUGGCGCUGGUGCAAGUCAUCACCCCCGUCAACUCCUUUCUGUUCACGCAGUACAUCUUCCCUCGACUGCAAGUAUUUGUACGCAGCCAAGGCUUCAGGAAAAACCCGAUCGUCCGAGCUACGUACGCCGCUUGCCUUGCGAGCCUUGCGGAGACAGCUUCACGGUUCCUGGACAUGAUGCAGGCCCUAAGAGCAGAUGGAUCACUACCGGCAACAGAAAAGGCGAUUGAAGAUGAUUCCCAGACUCCUCGCGAUGGCUAUGAUACUACGCGGGCAGAAAUGCUGCACAACUUCGAAGAGCAGACCAAGGUGUUCAUCACAGACAAGGACACAGCUGUCAAGCGAGCCUUCUUGAGUUCCGUGUCAACGUUGUGUGUGUUCUUCGGUGAGGCACGAGCAAGCGAUGUCAUUCUCAGCCAUCUCAACACAUACCUGAACGACCCAGAUUGGAUGCUGAAGUGCGCGUUCUUCCGGACUAUCGUUGGCGUCGCCGUAUACAUUGGAGGCGCAAGCUUGGAGGAGUUCAUUCUUCCGCUGAUGCUGCAGGCACUCACUGAUCCUCAAGAAUUCGUGGUUGAGCAAGCUCUCAGAUCGCUCGCAAGUAUGGCUGAGAUAGGACUAUUGCAAAGACCGAAGACAUGGGAGCUCAUCGAUACUGUUGCGCGCUUCGAGAUGCAUCCAAACAUGUGGAUCAAGGAAGCGGCUUGCCACUUUAUCUCCGCUGCGACGACUUACCUUUCGAUGGCUGACGUUCGCAUCCUUGCAGCACCACUGAUCAAACCAUAUCUCAAAAUACCCGUUGGAGAGCUGUCAGAAGAAGAGGUUCUGGAUGCUUUGAAGAAGCCACUACCUCGAGCUGUGUUGGAUCUGGCCCUUCAAUGGGCAAGUAAAGUCGACAAAAGCGUCUUCUGGAAGCAGGCAAGAGAUUCGAAGCAGCUUUCGUACCGAGCCACUACCCAAAUGCCGCCGACCUCGUCUGUAGCAGAUCUCGGUCCCAAGUCACUUGCAAAAGCUCCGAGGUCUGAUGAAGAUGAGCAGUGGCUCGGGCGCCUGCGUAACGCCGGCAUGAGGAGCGAGGACGAGAUCAAAAUCAUGGCGUUCAGAGAGUACCUAUGGCGCGCUGCACAGCGAUCGAAGAAGGAUUCUGACACCGACUCUCACGGGCUGUUCGACCAAGUGGCAGCGCUUAGCACCCUCAAAAUCACACCACAGACUGUUAUCUUCGACAGCGAUGUCAACGUCUACAAGCAACGUUUGGCAGGCCAAGGCUCCUCGAACCAGGACAUUGUUUCCGUCAUGAAAGAGGCCAUGAGUCCGACUCGCUCUGAACACAGUGGCGUCAAAGAAGCAGCCGGCACAAAUGGCAUCGACAUCAAGCAACAUGCGAACGGCAAGCCAGGCCCGCUGAAGCUGCCAGAUCUUCGAAGACAGACGUCUGGAUCUGGUGACAGCCUGUCCGCCUCGCCAGGCUCAGGCAUCGGUUUGCUCGGAAAGGACGGCGCUCGACUGUUGAAGCGAAGAAGCAGUGCAGCACGAUACCUCGGUGGAAAUGACCUUCGCAACAAGUCGCUACCUGAAGUCGCGACAGACGAUGCGACGGCAUCAGGCAGACUGAACUCGCCAGCUGUAGGAUCUCGAAUGACGUCGCCACACUCGAAGGAACGCAGAAAAGCACUCAGCCGCACAACCAGCAGUCGGGUGGCGCACAAUUACGCCGGCAACGAUCCAACGGUCCUGCGGCUCCUCGACGCCGUAUACGUCGAUACCUUUCCCACGGACGCGGCGGAGUUCGGCCCGAUCAUCCAGCCGCGUAAACGCGGUCCGAUACCUUCCAGCAGUACUCAGAACACGAAAGGACCUUGGAGACCGCAAGGACAACUUGUCGCUGUGCUUGGGGAGCAUUCUGCCCGGGUAAAUCGGAUCGCUGUGGCGCCGGAUCAUGCCUUUUUCAUAACUGUGUCCGACGACAGCGAGUUCCGCGUUUGGGACACUUCCCGUCUGGAACGCAACGUCACGCAUCGCUCUCGGUUCAAGCAGUCGCUGGGGUCUGAUGUUAGAGUCACGAGUGUGUGCUUUAUCGAGUCGACGCAUUCGUUCGUCUGCACAGGGUCAGAUGGUAGCGUGCACUUCUACAAGGUACCUCUGACAGAAGGCGAACAUGGGCCACGGUACAGCGAGUUGCAGGCAUUGCGCACCUGGAAGAUCCCUACGGCCAGCCCUACGCCUGAGUACGCUGUGUGGUCAGAGCACUACCGCGGCGAAACCGCCAGUACACUUGUGCUGGCGACAAACCUGAACCGCAUUUUGGCGAUCGAUCUGCGAUACAUGUCGAUACUGUUCGACUUCCGUAAUCCAGCUCAGCACGGUACUUCGCAUGGCAUCCUCGACCUCUGGGACCUGCGCUUCCGCAUGCGCCUACGGUCGUGGGCAUUCCCGAGCGCAGCACCGAUCACUCGCCUACAACUCCAUCCAAGCAGAAAGACUGCGCGCAGAAACCGUGUCUGCGUCUCAGGCGGAACAGCAAAAGGUGAAGUGACAGUCUGGGAUAUCGAGAAAGUGAUCUGCCACGAAGUCUUCCGCCCGUCGCAUCCGCACAGCAAAGAGCGCCUGAACCCAAAAGACUACGAGCUCAAGAACCUCGACGACGACCGCGCCGAAGGCCUGCUCAGCCGCGUAGCCAGCGCAAGGCAAGACGACCCAGCGGCACCUGCGCUCACCUCUACCGCCUUCUUCGGACUGAACCCAGUCUCGGAAGACACAGAAGCCCCACAUGCCUUCGCCAUAACCGGCGGUCCAGACCAAAAAGUCCGCUUCUGGGACUGCGAUCGCAUCGAUGGCUGUCGAAUCGUCAGCGGAGCGGUGACCGACGAGAAGACGACGUACAGCUUCUCCAACCUCGGUCUUGACGCCCGGGUCAUCACCGAGAAGACGACAAGUGACGAGGCUUCCGCAGCAGGAGGGGCUGUGGAGUCGCCGCGAGCGGCUGGGAAGAAGGGCACUGCGGCGCCGUUGUCGAAGUACGAGACCAUUCGAUUGUCGGCGAGGAGUCUGCUGGAAGGACAUCUGGAUACUAUCACGGAUGUGGCGGUGGUGGAGAGGCCGUUUGGAAUGGUGGUUAGUGCGGAUCGGAGCGGGCAAGUGUUUGUGUUCCAGUGA